AUGGUUAAUAGCUCCACGGUAAUGGGAUUCAUCCAAGACACAAAGAAGUUUAACAAUUGCAUCAAUGAAUGUUUUGAGAUGCUAGAUAUUGAUGGUAAUGGUAAGCUUUCAAGAGAAUUGCUUUAUGGGGGUCUUCAUAAGCUUUUGUCAUUGGAAAACAAUACGAACCAAGAGGAAGAGAUCUAUAAUCUCUAUGAAGUAAUUUUCAAGAGGUUUGAUAAGGAUGAAAAAGGUUUCAUUGAUCGAAUGGAAUUUGAGUCUCUUAUUAGGGAGCUCAUGCUAGCCAUGGGUCGUGGAAUUGGUGAUUUGCCAGUUCUAGUGGCUCUUGAGGAACACAGUCUGCUUAUGAAGGCUGUUCAAUAUGAAGUGGCUAGCUUAAAGGAAGGCCAAAGGGAAAUGGAGAGCCAUAUGUCAAUUUUCAACUCUCACUGGGAUGGAUUCCAGCUUAUAAGAGACAGUGAAGUAGAGCUACAAAUAGAAGUUGACAGGAACAUAGUUACCUAA